AUGCGUGGCCGUAAAGAUGAUGCAAGCAUCUACAGUCGCUCGCCCGACUCCCCCAAGCUGGGAUUACUAUCACGAGCACCACCCAUUGCCUUGGCCCGUGGGUCUACAAUGGCGCUCAACACCACGCGCACACGCCUCCAAGCAGUCAAAUCUGCUCGCCGACGGUCUGUUCCUCAAACGCUGAAAGAUAAGCGACAACGGUGGGAGCAGCAGGAGCGCGAGAAUCAAUUCUACGAGUAUUGUCUGCACGUUUUUCAGAAUAUGACCGCUGUGGCAAUCGAUGUAUCGCAGGAGCUGUCUCUACUUCAGCUUUUCGAGCCCGAAGUCAACCUGGCCGGCCACCCUCGCGUUUGGGAAGCAGCCCAGAAGCUACGUGACGCGCUACGGCAAGUACAGAAGCGGGAGGCAGUGGCGGAGUAUGAGUGGAAGAAGCAAUGGAACAUACCGCACAUGGGGAUGCCUUCGUCCCAGUGGGUAUGA